CCCUCUCUCUCUACAAUAUAUAUAAAUCGUCUUGGUUCCAAUUUUAUCUUCACAGUUGCAAAACUCAUCCCAUUUGCAAGUCUAGCAUAAAGAAGUAGAACACAAAGGAAGGCUACAAUUUAGUUGGGUAUUCCAGAACAAUGAAAGGUUUUGCAGGUUUGCAUGGCCAUACCAACAUUCCAAAGAGACGAAGGCGAAGCGUUAAAGUUCCAUUAGAUGAAAACACUACACCACAAUCAAACCUUCAAUCCCAACAGCAGCAGCAGCAGGAACCACAACAAGAACAGGGUGAUGUGACAAAAGAAGAGAUCGACAGCUACGAAUCUGAGCCUUGCUUAGUGAAUACCUUUUUGGAUGAAGAUACUGCAUACAACGUGGCGAAGUACAAAAAAUAUGAAGCCGACUAUCUUCUCCGACUUAAUGCAAAAUACUUUUCAAAGAAGGCCAUGGAUGGAGUCAGUAUAUUCGAUGUGGAAACAACCAUAGAGGAUGAGGUUAUAAAGUCUAGCAGGGAUCCACCUACAAAAUCGUUUAUAGACCCAAUCCGAAGCGCCGAAGAUCAAAGCAUAUCAUCGUCUUCUGCGGCCGAAGCCUCCUCCAAUGCACCAAACAGGCGAUACCAAUCCAAGAAGAGUGGCUGAUAAAGUUCCUUGUGAUCAUCUCACAUGAAAACAGGUAUUUGCUAGAUUUUCUCAUCUUUACUUCAGGGAGACAAGACAAGAGUAUGGAUUAUGGACUAUUUUACUUUGGUAAUAACAUUAAGACACUUGGAAUUAUCUAUAUAUGCUUAAAACUUAGAUAUUCAUGCA